AUAAUUGACAUCUUAAUAACCUCAAAAACAAAAAUUAAUUUUUUUAAAUAUUAUAAGCGAUUUAUACAGUACAAAAAAGAAAAGAAGACGUGAUAAGAUAGUUUUAAUAUACCAUUUAAUUUUAUCAUGAUUUAGUUUGUAAUCAUAAAUUAAGUGCGGGCAUUUAUUAAAUAAAUAUAUAGUUUAUCAGAACCCCUAGUCUUUCAAAGAUGGAAAACGAAAACCAAGAAAUAGAUUUGCGAAGGAAACUAUCAGAAAUGAUGAAAGACCUAUCCUAUUUAUACAAGGAAGCUCAUACACAAACGGAGAAGCUUUCAGAAAUAAUGAAGAAUGAUAAUGAAUCGGUGGAAGCUUUAGGAAUAAGAUUAAUAAACAUAUUAAAAACUCUAAAAACAAACUCAUCAGUGUUUAUCAAUAAUUUAUACAAAGAUGUAGUUUCAUUUAAUUCUGAUCAAUCAGAAAGUGAACAUAUACUUACUGAUAUGCAAUCCUUGUUAUCUGAGUGCAGAGCCAAUGUUGUACUUGAUAGCCAUUCAAAUUAUGUUUUUGGACAGCAAGUAGAUGUUGAAACCAUGACAGACACCCCCUAUGAGACUUCUGACUUAGAAACUUUAUCAGAAUCUAAAGAUCUUAAUUCAAGAACUACUUUAGCUGAUAAUUUAAAUAGCUUAAACCUUGGUAGCUCUACUAACAAUGGUUUAAGCUUAAAGAAGGGAAGAUUUAAUGAAACGCCACAAACUGAAGAUGAGCUUUGGAAUGACACAUUACAAAGAACAUCAGAAUAUCAAGAACCUUCAAUAAAAACUGAAGAAGCAGACAAUUCUAUUAAAAACUUAUCCAUGAAGGAUGCAAACAAUUUUCAAGAAAAUUCACCUGAAGAUUCUGAUGAAGCUGAGGAUGAUAUUUGUAUAAUAUCUAGCAAUGAUGAUGACGAUGAUGAUGUUGAUACUGACGCAACAGUAGAAAAUACAAAACCUUCUGAAGAAUUACAAACUUACGAAGGCACAAAUUCACCUUUGGAAACACAAACUAUAUCUGAAAAAGUGCAAACCGAAAAUGAAAUGUAUUCCUCCAAUACAGACUUUGGUAUAACUGAUAAGACAAUCAAAGAUAAAAAUUGUGAAGUUCCACAACCCUCAUACUUGGAAAUAAAGGAUAAUAUUAUUAUGGAUCAUAUAAAUUAUAAUAUAACGGAAUUAAAUGAAAAUAGUUCUAAUGAAAAAACUCAAAAUGUUGCUGAAAGUUCUACAAUUGAAGCAAAAGAGACUGGGAAUGUUCCAAACGCAAUUGAUGCGGAUGAAUAUAUUAAUCCGUAUUCUGUUGAAACAGAAUCGAAUUGUUCUAAUGAGGAUAUUAAAGAAGAAUAUAAUGAAUUAGUCCACACUAAAACCAUAAAUCUUUAUGAUGAACAUAGUUACAGUGCAUCUUCAAAUGAAUCAGAUAAUUUAUUAGCUGGUUCAAGUGAUUCUAAUCAUGUGAAAGAUUCUGGGAAUAAAAUAAAUUCAGCUAAUACAAAUCAAAUCGACAGCUCUGUUGAAGAAUCUUUAAAAUUACCAAAUGAUGCUAUGAAAGAUACAAAUAAUUCUGAUGAAAAUCAAACUACAGAAGCCAAGAUUAAUAGAGAUAAAUGCUUGAGUCAAAAUCACUCUUUAACACCCACUCAACUGGAUUAUGAACUUUCACACUUGGCUGAUAAAAUUGACAGCAAUGAGUCCCAAACUCAAAAUUUUAGUGAAAAUUACAUUCAUAGUGAACACAAUUAUAGUUCAUCUAAUUCUCCAAAUGGUGCGAUAGCCUGUAAUUAUGAUAGUGAUGUAACUGAUAUUGAUAAAAAUGAUUAUUCAGAUUCGGAAAAAACACAACUGAAGUCGAAUAACUUUUAUUUUGAGGUUCCAGAAGAACAAACCAGUUUACAAAAAAAUGAUAGUGAUAAAUCAUUUGAAUUUGAUAUUACCACCAAUGGAGAUUUAGGAUUGGAUGAUUCCAUUAUUGCUGAAAAUAAAGAUGCAACAAAAAAUGUGCCAGAACAAACUUCUACUCCAGAACCUACAAAUAAUAAUAACGUAGUGGAUGAUACCAUUACUGAUGAAAAUAAAGAUGCAACAAAAAGUGUACCAGAUGAAAGUUCUGCCCCAGAACCUACAAAUAUUAAUAAUGCAGUGGAUGAUACAAUUAUUGAUGAAACUGAAGAUGAAACAAAUAGUAUAUCAGAAGAAAGUUCAAGUCCAAAACCUACAACUAUUAAUAAUUUAGUGGAUGAUGCAAUAAUUGAUGAAAAUACAGAUACAUCAAGUGAUGAAAAUGAAGAUGCAACAAUUAUUGAUGAAAAUACAGAUGCAACAAUUAUUGAUGAAAAUACAGAUACACCAGUUAUUGAUCAAAAUACACAGGCAAAAAUAAUUGAUGAAAAUACAGAUGCAACAAUUCUUGAUGAAAAUACAGAUGCAACAAUUAUUGAUGAAAAUACAGAUGCAACAAUUAUUGAUGAAAAUACAGAUGCAACAAUUAUUGAUGAAAAUACAGAUGCAACAAUUAUUGAUGAAAAUACAGAUGCAACAAAUAGGGUACCACAAGAAAGUUCUACUCCAGAACCUACAAAUAUUAAUAAUGUAAUGGAUGAUAAUGAAAUUAUUGAUGAAAAUACAGAUGCAACAAAUAGGGUAUCAGAAGAAAGUUCUGCUUCUGACCCUACAAUUAUUAAUAAUGAGGCAGAAAAACAUAGUGAAACGAGUGAAAAUUUAUCAGAUGAUGAUUUAAUGGACUGUACUUUGGAAGAAUAUCUGUCCGAAGAUGAAAAUGGUUGCCAUUUAGGUUCUCCAACCAUAAAACCAGACAUUACCCAAAUAAAAAUUGAAAAAGAUAAUGAAAGUACUAACGAAUUAAAAAUAGAAUGUGAAAAUAAACCUGAAGUUAUUGAUAACAAAGAUCUUGGUGAUGAAAUUUUAGAACUUCUUAAAGAAGUGCCGGUUGCCAUUGAUGAUCUACAAUCUAAAACAAAUCAAUGUAAUAAGGAUAAAUCUGAUGAACUGGAUGUCAGUAAUCAAAGUAAUAAGGAUGAAUCUGAUGUACUGAAUGUCAGUACUAAAGAAAUUGAUCAAAUUUUACAAGACUUAAAUAAUGAAAGCAAGUCGGAUACAAGCAGUUCAGAUGAUAACAAUAGUGAUUUAGAUCUAAGCGAUGAUAGCGAUGAUGAAGUAAAAUAUCACGAUACCAAUUCAGUUGAUAUUGAACAGAAGUUGCAAGAGAAUAACAUGAGAGAAUGUUAUAUACCUUUAAAAAGAAUGGACAUGGCUCCAAAUGACAUACGUAAAUUUAAAAGAGCUCUUGAUGACGAUAUUGAUUGGCUGUGUAAUCUAGAUAAUUUAGAGAGAAAGAGGAAGAAAACCUCGUCUCCAGUUUUUGGUAAACGUCCCCGAAAAAAAUGGAAAAAAGAAUCAACUUCUGGUAGUUCAACCGAUUCUUUCUCAGAAUCAUCAAGUGAUAAUGAAAACUCUGAACAUGAGUAUCGGUCAGACAGUCCGAAUCUUGGUAGUAAAUCGAAAAAAAGAUUAUACGAAAUUUUAGCUAACGCAAUUUGUAAUGAUUUGAAGAGUGAAUCUAGUGAAGAUAGUGAUGACAGCAGUUCAGAUUCUGACGACAGUUCAACGAAAAAGAAAAAGUCAAAGAAGAACAGUGAUACUACUAAAUCUGAUACGGAUAAUAAGCGCCAAUUGAGCAAAGAGGAGUUACAGAAGAAGGCGUGGAGAAACGAUCCUCUUUUAAGAGAUAAAUUAACUGAUUCUGAUCGUGAUACACUUAAAUCUAAAAAGACUAAAACAUAUGAAGAUGAUUCUGAGUUCAAUAUAGACUCUGACCAUUUUAAUACAGAUAGCGACUUGGAAGAUUUGAAAGAAAAUAAUAAAACAAAACUGAAAGAAAAUGAUAUGAGUCCAAUAAAAGGAAAUCUGCCAGAUAGUGAUAGUAGUGAUUCUGACAGUGAUGUGCAAUAUAUAUCUCCAAAAAAAUCAAGCCAAGAUAAUAAAGAAGAUGAUAUUGCGAGUCCUUCUCAAAAAGGCAGAAGACAUAUCAGAUCUAUACUUUCCGAUAGGGAUUUGACAAGAGAAACUUUAGAAGCCAAGAAGCAAGAAAUGCAAAGAAUUGAACGAAUAAAAGAUCGUCACAAAAUUAUUGAAACACUUACCCAAUCGUUUAGUAGCCAACAUUCUGAAGACGACACAGUUCCCUUAAUUUUGGACGUUGAAGAGGAGUCUGGUGAACCAUUGAUACAGGUUAAUAAUAUCAUUACGAAAAAAUUGAAACCUCAUCAACGGGAAGGAAUACAAUUCAUGUGGGAUUCUUGUUAUGAGAGUAUAAAAAUGAUAAAAAAAGGAAAGUCUGGUUCUGGAUGCAUAUUAGCGCAUUGUAUGGGUCUUGGUAAGACAUUGCAGGUUUUAGCUUUAUGUCACACUUUGUUUUUCCAUAAAGAGACAAAUACCAAACAUGUUUUAGUCGUUUGUCCGUUAUCUACUGUGAAUAAUUGGAGGAAUGAAACCAAAUUCGCUUUUCAAGGCUUAACAAAAGAUCAGCAGUUUAGCCUCUUCUCCAUAACUGGCAGUAAGGGAAAACAGUCUGAUAAAUAUAAAGUAGUUGAAAAUUGGCAUUUACGGAAAAAAAGUAUAUUAAUAAUGGGUUAUGAAUGUUUCGAGGGUCUCACUAAUCAUGCCAAGUUAGAUAAACUAAAUUCAUCUUUGAAGAAAAGAAUAUUGGAAUAUCUAGUUGAUCCAGGUCCUGAUUUGGUAGUUUGUGAUGAAGGCCAUUUAAUAAAAAACCACAAAGCAUUAAGAACUUUGGCUCUGAACAAAAUAAAAACCAGGAGACGUAUCAUUUUGACUGGCACGCCAUUACAAAAUAAUUUAUUAGAAUAUUAUGAGAUGGUUAAUUUUGUCAAGCCGAACCUUUUAGGAACUUUAUGGGAAUUUAAACGUAAUUUUGUAAAUCCUAUAUCUAAUGGUCAAUAUGAAGAUUCAAAUGAACUAGAUAUAAAGUUGAUGAUGAAAAUGACACAUGUGUUGCACAAACUUCUUGUUAAAACUGUACAAAGAUUUGAAGAAACUGAACUGGAAAUAUAUUUGCCCCCUAUGUUGGAUCACGCUGUUUUUAUACAACUAAACCAAAUGCAAGUAAAUCUGUACAAUUUAUUUUCACAAAGAGUUGAAACUCGUCUUACGCAAGCAAAAAUCAAGCGAAAACAAUUUCUUGGCGAUUUCCACACGUUUCAACACAUAGGAACGCAUCCUCACUUGUUGGUACUUAUGGACAAACAGAGAAACAGUAAAGUUAAAGAAAAAGAUGUAAUAACGAAUGAAGAGGAUCAGAAUGUUAUUAGUGAGGUAGGAUGGUGGAAGGAAAAAAUGCCAGCAGAUACUUUACAAAACAUCUCAUAUGGAAAUAAAUUGGUAGUGUUAAAGGCUAUUAUUGAAGAAUGUGAAGCUGUGGAAGAUAAACUCUUGGUAUUUUCUCAAAGUCUAUGCGAAAUGGAUUUGAUCGAACAUUUUUUAAAAACUAUUGGUACUGAAAAAUGUUCAUCUUGGAGGAAAAAAGUGGAUUACUUUCGUAUGGAUGGAACUGUAUCCCCCGAAGAGAGAUCAACUAUCUGUGAUAUGUUUAAUGACAAAAAAAGAAAAAAAGUCAGAUUAUUAUUAAUGUCUACAAAAGUAGGCGGAUUAGGAUUAAAUUUAACUGCAGCAAAUAGAGUUGUCAUUAUGACAGUACAUUGGAAUCCUUCUUAUGAUACACAAAGUGUCUUUAGGGCAUACAGAUUUGGGCAGCAAAAGUCAGUUUAUGUAUAUCGACUAAUUGCUUUGGACACCAUGGAAUCAAAAGUUUACCAACGUCAAGUAACAAAGUUAGCGAUAGCACAUAGGGUAGUAGACAAGCAUCAUAUAACAAGGCACUAUAAAAGUAUAGAUUUACAAGAAAUGUAUUCGUGCAUACCCAAUGCAGAUGAUGAAAGGCCCACUCCUAAUGUUCCGGAAGAUGAAAUUUUAGCGAAAGUAAUUUUAAAAUUGCCUUGCAUCUUCAAAUAUCACGAGCAUAAAGCAUUAUUAGCAGAUAGACCAGAAGAUAAACUUAGUGAACAAGAAAUGGCAGCCGCUUGGGAAGAUUUCAAAAAUAAUAAAGAUGCUUUUAGGAAUCCAAGUAACCCGCCAUUACCACAACCACACUAUUUGCCGCAAGAUAAUUACCCUUUUGCUCCCUCUUUCAAGGCAGCUUAUAAUUUAGGGCAUGCAACUCCGAAUAAUUCAUUAUACUACAUGCCUCCGCAAAAUAACAGCACAUUUGCAAUUCCAUCAACAAGUAGUGCACCAAAUCCAAUAGGCCCUUACAGAAUGGGAAACACAAAUGUAAAUUCAAGUAUUCGUACUCACCCAACUCCUCCAUAUAACCAAGGAAGAAUUGUUUCUCCAGCAUCGACUAUGCCACAAGGUCUGUCAAUGAGCAACACAAAUGUAAAUUCAAGUAUUCGUGCUCACACAACUCCUCAAGGAAGAAUUGUUUCUCUACCAUCGACUAGUAAACAAGCUCCAUCAACGAGUAACACAAAUAAUGUAAAUUCAAGUAUUCAAACUCACACAAGUCCUCAAUCUAACCAAGGAAGAAGUGUUUCUCUGGUAUCGACUAAUAAACAAGCCCCAUCAAUGAGUAACACAAAUGUAAAUUCAAGUAUUUAUACUCACACAAUUCCUCAAUCUAACCAAGGAAGAAUUGUUUCUCUAGCAUCGUCUAGUAAACAAGUUCCAUCAAUGAGAAACACAAAUGUAAACUCAAAUAUUCAUACUCACACAAUUCCUCAAUCUAACCAAGGAAGAAUUGUUUCUCUAGCAUCGACUAAUAAACAGGCUCAAUCAGUGGGUAAUGCAAAUGUAAAUUCGAGUAUCUAUCCUUACAACAUUCCCCAAGGAACAAUUAUUUCUCUAGAAUCGACUAAUCCACAAGAUCCAUCAACGAGCAACGUAAAUGUAAAUUCAAAUAACCAACACUGGUCCAAAAAAGUUUUAAGGAUUCCCCCAAAUAUAAAUCAUGUUUCAAAAGAAAAUACUAUUAAGAAACCUAGAAUAGUAUUGGCGAAUAAAACAAAAUAUGAUUCUCAGAAACUCCCCAAUCCCCUAAAUACAUCUACAAAACCGGAUAAUUUAGUUGAAAAUCCGUACACACGGCCUUUGGUCUCGUCUGGAGAUGUAGUCAGUCAUAACCCGUUAAUUAUUAAAAUUAGUGAUCCAAAUAUGUCGUCUAUUAGUAGCAUUAACUCUUUAAAAAGGAUAUCUUUAAAAGAAAAUUCUAUGCCUCCUAGCAGAUCAACUUUAAAUUCGACUGAUUUAAAAAGAAAGUUGACUACUGAAGAAUUUGUUUCUAAAAACAAGAUGCCAAAAAAACGCACUGAAAUAUAUGAGCAAAUAAAUUUGACUGAGGAUGAUGAUAAUUCUGCAGAGCGAAAUGAACAUGCAGACAUUGAAGUCAUCCAAAUCGUUUAAUUAAAAGAAGCUCUUUCAAUUGUAAUUUAAAUCACAUUAUUCUCAAUGGAAACAAAACAUUGUGUAGUUUUUGCAUUACAAUUUUUAUAUUUAUUUUUAAUUGUAAUUGUAAUUUAAUUUGUAAUAAUUCAAAGCAAAUCAGUGC